GGGCGCUGGAGAGCAAUCAGCAGGGCCAGUCAGACUCAGAGCGUUUGCUGAGAGCUGAGCACACCGAUCAUUAUCAAAAACUACUGCGGGAGUCCAGCAAGAGUCACAUCACACUCGCUCAAGUCCGAUCAAACACGUCCAGAAACGGGAACGCCAGAGUCUGCAUAUCCCUGGAUAUUUGCUCUGCACGACCGCUCGGCUCCGGUGUGUCAUCUGAAGCAGGACUUUGGAUAUUAUUAAGGAUCGUAAGAGUAGAUAUGUUUUGUCCGCAGUGGGAAAGCUCGAUCCACCCCCGAGUCUGAUGAUUUGAGAGGGAAGCAACGCAGCGCUGUGACUGUACACACCAUAUUCCUACUUCAGUCCACAUUUCAUCUGAAUCUGCAGACACACUCCACUGAUCGAUCGCCAAUCGACCGCUCUUCAUCUAGGUUUUUCCUUUCUAAAAACAAAUCUCACCCGAGAUUGCGACUGACGCCAUUUUUGCAGCGAUAAAAACGCCGCUUGCUUGAGUUUGAAGGAUUGUAACGUGCUUGUCAUAACCUAGUGGAUGGAUUUACUCUCUUAGACUUCAGCAGCAGCAGCCGCAGGAGCUUCAGAAAUGGUUUCACCUGGGAAAAACUCCAUCUUAGCGAGAUUUAUAAGAUUUCGGGAGCAGUAGAGCCAAAAGCCAUCACAUCCCUCUCUGAUUAAACUCAAUCACCUGGACCGUGGGUCCCUCUGCCCUUUUUGGGUCUUCCUGAUUGUUGGACUAAGCUUCGAGAUUGUCAAUGGAGCAAAGAGACCUUACUCGGAUGGCCCAGCCCAAAGGAAACGAGGAGUUCUUCUCCACUGUUACCACCAUCAACAGAGCAGAUCUUAGUGAGGUGGGUCUCCUUGCCAGUCCAAUAAAGAGCCUCCCUUUACCUGGAGAGCAACAGGACCAUGAAGAGGACGAAGACCUCGGUCUGGGGAAGGACAUCGAUGUCACUUCUAAUGCGGACAGUGAGAGAUGGGGGCAGGGAGAUGGGCUGGAGGAGCAGGAAUUCUCCAUCAAGGAGGCCAGUUUCUCUGAAGGCAGCUUGAAGUUGAAGAUACAAACGACCAAGAGGGCCAAGAAGCCUCCUAAGAACCUGGAGAACUACAUCUGUCCUCCUGAGAUCCGCAUCACCAUCAAACAGCCAGGAGAGCAGAAGACCGGCAAGCAUGCCAGGAGUGCCAGGGGAGGGAAGGAGGAAGAUAAAGGACCCCUCAGAAAAAGGACCUACAAGAGGCCUUAUAAACUUAUGGGUAAAACGGACAACGUGAUGAUGGAUAAAGCAAAACCAAAGCAUGAGUCUAAAAGCAGUGACAUUCACCACCUUGACUGGACAAAGCCGUUGGAUACUGUUAAAAAAGCAGUGUCCCAAGAACAGCAUAGGACAGAACCAGAAUCAAAAAGAGAAUCAGUGUGCACCAACAAGAGCCCUUUGUCAGAGCCCAACACCCCAUUCUCAAAAUCGCAAGUUAAAAAGGUCAUAGACAGUUCAUCUGGAAGUCUCUUUGCUUCUGCCAUGUCUUCCCCAAGCACUGACUCACUAGCAUCAUCUCCAGUUGAUACAGUAAUGAGUCCCCCAGCUGACUCAAGUCUGUUCUCUUUUAGUAAAGACAGAGGUUUGCAGGAAGUCACUGAGCAAAUUUUUGGGAACAUCAAACGUAAAUAUGGAAGGAAAGACCCAAUGAAGGCCUUGACCACGCAUAAUUUAGGCCUUCAGUGGGCCAAAAAGAUGGACAGAGAUACUGAAAACCAAGAUAAUGCUAAGGAGAAACAACCAUACAACACUGAUAAAAGUGAAUUUGAGACAGAGGAGCCUGAGAAGUCGAGCAGUAGGCCGGAUGAUGAGAGUAAGACAACAUCAAGCUGUGGCACUCAUCAUGCAGAUGAAUCUAGGAGUAAAAAGCGAAGAAACAGAAAAGUAGGUGACGAUAACAACUUGUUAUCUGAUGCACAAACCACACAGCAAGCUGAGAAGACUGAUAAAACUGACCAAGGGAGCACAAAACCUAAAAUUACAAAGAAAAUAGAAUUCAGUGCACCAAAACAAUUUGGUGUAAAGUUACAGGAGAUUGAGGAAGACAGUGCUGAGACAGUGACUGAUGAUGUUGAGAUGUUUCAGAAUAGACCGAGGAAAACACCAGCUGGGAGACAAAGAUCAGUGAUUGAUGCCGACAAGCAAACAGAGGGUCGGCAAUCAAAGGUCAAGGACAGGUGGUCUUAUUUAAAGUCCCAGAACUCCUCUCCUCAUAAAGACUUGAAUCAAUCUCUGUCCAUCGAAGAGCCACCCUCUGCCUUCCCUAUUACCCCAUCCAGCCCACUCUACACAAACACAAACAGUUUGACAGUCAUUACCCCAGUGAAGAAGAAACGUGGCCGGCCCAAAAAACAGCCGUUACUUACUGUGGAGACGAUCCAGAACCGGGACGACCUGCAGUUUAUGGCUGACCUCGAGGAGCUGGUUAGCAAAUUCCAGUUGUUCCGAAUCUCCCACCGCAGCUACAAGUUCUACCAUGAGAAUUCCUAUCCCAGCAUCUUCCGUCUCAACUUUGACCAAUACUAUCCUAUGCCAUACUAUCCCUACGACCCUGUGCACUAUCUUCGCAGGAGCUCUGAUAAGUCAAAGAGGAGGCGUGGUCGGCCAGCCAAGUCAAACGAGCCAGUAUCAAAGAUGCCUUUCAUUCAAGGGAUUGGCUGCACAGUGCCCAGUGGCAAUUACUAUGCACCCUACGCGAUGCCUUAUACAUCCACGCCUCUUGCCACAAGUAUGGUAAACAUGGGCUAUUACGGUCAGUACCCUUCACCCUUGUACUUAUCUCAUGCACUUGGACCUUCAGCCUCUCCAUUCAUGAGGCCACCAGUCCCUCCACCAAAGUUCCACCCUGGUGCGUCCUCUAGUCUCGCUGCUCCUAGCAGACAUCGAGCGAAGAAUAUGCCACAUGAGAUGCCUUCAUCUAGAAUGAGUGACUCCCAUCACCCUUCAAGCAGCUGUUUGGGAAGCGUCUGUCUCCACAAACGCAAGCACAAACAUAAGUACAAACAUAAAGAGGAUCAGUACAUCCCACAGAGGGAGAACCUCUGUGGGCUCUUCAGUGGAGCCCAGAGUCCUGCCUUCCUCAACCUCUUGAAUGAGAGACUUGAGAAGAACUCUCUGUCCAAACUGAAGGACAAGCAAAGAGGCAAGCAAGGCACAGAUGCUUCGCCAGAAACUUCCAGGAACUACUUUGAAGUAGACACACUCUCAUCAAUGUCCUUAUCUGACUCUCAGCAUUGUAAACGCACUCGAGGAGAGACACUGAACAACUUCCUGAACAUCUGCACCAGACAACCACACGAGCGCCUGCGAGCAAGCCAGGACCAUUCGCUGGACUCAUUCAAGGGGCAGCACUUAGGGGAUGAUGAUUCUAGUGUUCACAUCAGGAGGCAUAGCUUGGAGGACUUUGCAGCAUACAGAGAAGGAAGCAUGGUGUCUUUCCAAGGAGGCAGAGAAGAGAGGGCCGAGCAGAUGUACAAGUGCUCCAACACAGCUGUAGCAGACCCCAGUUCCUACAAGAGGAGGCACAAGCGCAAAGAAGUGGAGGAGAUCCAGUGUGACGUGCAAAAAAUGUGUGCCUUCUCUAAGAUCCUCACCACCAAGAAGAACCUGGAUCACGUCAACAAGAUUCUGAAAGUCAAGAGGCUUCAGAGGCAAGCCAAGACAGGGAAUAACAUGGUGAAGAGACGCAGAGGGAGGCCGAGGAAGCAGCCGCUUUCUCUCGAGGAGGGAUUGCUGGGUCAGAUGCCAGUUCUAGAGAAGUGUGUGGAUCUUCCUGGGAAGAAGAACCUUCACACUGGUCUGGUUCCUGCUCAGCUUGAGUUCUCCAAUCACGACUCCAUCACAGAUGCCAUUGAGUCAGUGGUACACAUGGCCAGAUCCCAAACCAACACGCUGUCCACGCAAGGAUGCAAGCACUGGCACAAAGUUCAGCCCGAGCUCCAAAUCGAGCGCCCAAACCGCAAAGGAAGAGGGAACAAGAGAGAAGAAGCUACUCUCACCUCACAUUAGAGAAGUCAUGACAGUGCACUGCGAGUUAGCCUUGUGCUUGGGUCUUUGUAUCGUUUUUUUUUUUUUUUUUAUUCUACUGACACAUUUUGAUGGGCAUUCGCUGAGAAUUUGGAUCAUGGUUGUGGUCUAAAAAGCUCCGCUUUCGGUUUGUACGAUUCUGUCGCAUACUUUUUUAUUGGUCUCAAGGAGACAAACUGAACUUUUACUCUCCCAAAGCCCAUAACCAUGAGGAUGUUGAUACUAUGGCUGUAGCCAUAAUCUACCAGCACAUGUAAAUGGACUUCAAUGACAGUACUGUGCACUUUUUUUCUUUCUCGUUUUUCGUUUCACUCAAGCACAAAGCACAGAUCUUCUGGCAAAGGUUGAUUUCAAACAGCAGGUCACCGGUAACUCACUGCUAACACAGGUUUGCCUGCGCUCAGGUGUGUUUCAGGCAUGAACUAAUGGCAAUACUUUUGGAUGAAACCCUUUUCAGUGAUGUUUUGAUGGCUAUCAUUUCACUGUACAUAGCAACAUAUUCUACUAAUAUUUCAAAUUCAAAGUAUUUUAGAUCUACCUAUACUGUCAGCAUAUCAAAUCAAAAACCAUAUAAAGUUUUAAAUGUUUUUUUUUUUGUUCUGUUUUUAACCAAAUAGAAGUAGAAAGCUUGUUCAAAUGGAAAAACUAAACGUAUUUAGUCGUGUAAUCUUAACGAAGUGGAAUCACUGCAGAUCGAAGGCUUGUUGAUGACACAGGACAUCAAAACACAUGCCAGUAGUUCACAACAGGCUCAAUGAAAAAUGCUACGGUUGCAUUUAAAACCAACAAAGCACUUAUUUCUUUUCUUUCUUUUUUGUAGAACACGUUUGAGUGGGCUGAAGUUGUACAGUGUCACAGUUGGUUUUUCGCUUUAAAUAAUAGUCAGCAUCUGGAUGAUAUUUUCAUUAUUCGAGUCGCCUUCUCCAGAGUCUCUUUGAGAAUGUGCCUGCUCUUGUUAACUAAACAAUAAUAGUAUGUCUAUAUACCUGUCAGUAUUACAUAUCCACAUGACCAAAGUUUCAGUGUAGUCGUGUAUCAUAGGAUAGAUCGGUUUCAGUUUAACCGCUUGUGUAUAUUACUAUGAAUGGUGUGGUGGUGUGCUUAUUUGUCGAUUAGUCGUUUGGAAAAAUAAACCAGAAUGUACACUGAAGAAUAUUUAGGUGAUCGUCCUGAACAUAGGACAUCACAAACUAAUCAAAUACAUGUCCUGUUUUAGACUCGAGUUACACUGAUAUAAGCGAUUUGGAAUCAGGAUAGAUUUGAAUGUGGUCCUAAUUUGAAUAGCUUUCCAUUUGUUAAUGAUUUCUUGGUUUAUCCAUAUAUGUGCCUUAUGUUUGUCUAUAAAUCCAUAACAUGUUCAGGUACUGGAACACACAAUGGCAAGAUAUCAGUCUAAAAUGUACAUAAUAGUUUGCUGCCCUGGUUGUAAUGUGUUCAUCAUCUCGGUACACCUUCACAGGUCUCGCUACAGUAUAAUAUAGGCUUCAUUUUGACUAUAUACAUAUAUUUAUAUGCAUAAAUAUACAGUUCAGUGAUCAGACAGCACAUCUAGUACACCUGAAGACACUCAAAAUAUCUCUCUAACCAAACCCACGCAGGGUUGUUAACAUGAAUACAUGCUUAUUUACUAUGCAUCAGGUUAUUGCUGUGAAUCCACUGACGCAUAACUCUUUAGCAUCGACUCUUUUGUAAGCUUUCUGUUAAAUGAAGUGGUCUUACUGAAAUUUGAAAUCUGAACCGUUCAAAUUAAUAGUGCUAAAUCUGACUAUCAUUUCUUUUGCAAUUCUAGUCAUUGUGUAAGGGAGGAAAAUCAGCCUCUAAGCAGUGCAGCCUUAAUCAAAUCUUCAAUUCAACAAGUUGUCCCCUGUAAAUAGUCUACCAUCUGUAGGUUGCUGUGAAUCAUGCCUAAGAGUCAUGUCAAUAUGUUGCACUCACAGUUGUCCAAAGUAGGACACACAUAGUUGCUGAACAUGCCAUGAGCCAUUCUGUCCUUGUGAUAAUUUGCAGUGCAUUAAAGCUAAAUAAAAAUAAUAUAUGCCGGCAGCUAUUUGCCUCAGCCAGUUGUACUGGACCUUUUGUAGGAUGCAUCCAUUUGCGCUGGUUCCGCUAAACACCUGCGAACAUUUGCCAAAAAUGUUGACCUUUUAUUAGUGCUUUAAGCACCGAAAAGCUAUGUUUUAACACAAAAUGUACACCGUAGCAGUUUUCUGAAACAUGAUUAUAAUAGUAGGUUAGUCAAACAUGGCUUUGGUAACAAGGCCCGGCAGCUCAAAUUUGCUCGGCUUCUAUGGUUGUUUAAAUGCCAGAUAUAUUUUCUCCACCAGCUGAUAAGUGGUGCCUUGUGAAGUUAAGUGUAUUUUUUUAUGUUCCUGCUCCUAAACGACAAUAGCGACUUUGUGUAGAGUAAAUAUUACCGAGGUCACCGAGAGAAUGUCAUCCACUCAAAUGUAGUGUCGUAUUUUAGUUUGUAUCGCUAUUAAUGAAGUUAUAAUGCAAGUGAAGUGUUAAUCGAAAGUAAUAUUCCGAACGAGGACACAACAGAAGCUCUUAUCGCUGUCUAAAUUCAUGCAUAUGGUGUUAUGACAAUUUUGAUUUCUGUAUCUGCAUGCUCUAUUUGAUUGUAUGCAUACAAAUUUUGAAGAAGUCAAGCAGUAUUGAAUUUCGAUUUGAAUAAGAUCUUAUACAUUGUUUGAUAUGUUUUUUUGUAAUGGAUUUUAAAUUCAUAAAGCAUUUUGUACAUUGUAUGGAUAUUUAAAAUAGCAAAUAAUGGACGUAUAUAGAAAAGAAUAAAUACUGAUAUACACAAACAUAUGCAUUGUACAUAGAAUGUAUGUAUACACAUUCAUUUUUUGUGUAACUGUGUAUACAGACAUGUUUAUAAAUACAAGUACUAGCCUGUACAUAUGUACAUACAUAUAAGCUUGCAUGUGUUUGGUCAUGUUUGCCGUUCAUGAUCUUGUAGUUUAAUUUUUUUAUUUCUUCUUUUUCUUACUGUAAAGCUCAUUUUGUGCAGCCAUCUCCGGUGAGCAGUAUUGAGCACUUAAAAUACAGUUGAUCUUGUUCAUGUCAUUCAUUGUGCAAAAAAAAUAAAAAAAUAAAUGAAUUUAUC